UACUUCUCUCUUCCUGGACCAACCGGACGUCUAGCUACUGUGAAGACCUUUAAAUAUAUAUUCAGAGCUGCGUAUACUCGAUCGACUAUGUGUCGCUUUCUAGUGUAUAAGGGCAGACAUGAAAUCCGUCUCAGCAAGCUAGUCACAGAGCCCAGCCAUUCCAUCUUGACACAGUCCUACGACUCACGCUUGAGACUUGACAACCGCCGCCCUGUAAACGGCGACGGCUUCGGCGUAGGUUUCUAUACAGACCCCAAGCUGGGUCCAGAGCCCUGCAUAUUCACAUCAACCCUGCCAGCCUGGAACUGCGAAAACUUGGAACGGCUUGCCUCAAAGACCUGUUCAAACUUGAUUUUUGCGCACGUCCGCGCAACAACAGAAGGCACCCUCUCCGACACAAACUGUCACCCGUUCCAGCACAACACGCUCAUGUGGAUGCACAACGGCGGCAUCGGCGGAUGGCACUACAUCAAGCGUGCCCUUGCCGAUUCACUCGCGGACAAGUGGUAUCUCGGCGUGAAGGGCGGGACAGAUAGCGAGUGGGCAUUCGCAUUGUUCUUAGACCUCUUAGCGAAAGAGGGUGCAGACCCGAGCUGUGAUCCUGGCCCUGAGGGUUUCGGACAGGCACUAUUACGAAAAGUGAUGGUGAAGACGAUCGCAAAGAUCAACGAGUUCAUCAAGGAUAUUCCAAAUCGGCAUAACGUGCCUGAAACGCUGGAGACGAGGAGCUUGUUGAAUUUUGCUGUUACAGAUGGACAUACGGUUGUCUGCACGCGGUAUAUUAGUUCUAAGACGGAUGAGCCGGCAAGUCUGUAUUUCUCGUCUGGGACUAAGUGGAAGGAGGGAAAGGUGAAGGGGCAUUUUAAAAUGGAAAGACAUGAUAAGGGAGCGGAUAUAGUGCUGGUGGCCAGUGAGCCGAUUACGUUUGAGAGGCACAACUGGGUCUCUGUCCCGGCAAACUCGAUUGUCACGAUACACAAGCAAACCGUGCUUCUUCACCCGAUUUUAGACGAAUACUACAACGAGGAUUCAAACCACGAUCGUUCCUCGUGCUAUGCCGUCUCAAAGGGCCUUGUCAGCACAGCCCCAGGAACGACGGUUCAGCCGCAGGGCACAGAUACUCUCCCCAAACCCGACAUCGGCAUUAGUGAUCCCGGGCUGGAGCCCGAGGCCAACGGAGGAAUGCCGAGAAGUCAGCUUAAGGCAACGAAUCAGUGUGCCCUAUCCCACUGAUGGGCAACUACGUAUAUAUUUUGGGCGUUUGCAGGGCUUAUGGAGUCACUGGUGUUGGAGUCGCUAUCCCGGGUUAGAGUAGUUCAGUCAGCCUUUUUGGUGUUAUUAUUUAGGUCGACACGUUCAUUGCAGUAGGUAG